AAUAAUGUGACCCCUGUCUGUGCAUUAUAUAGACUGGUGUGUGUGGAGCCUCAGCAGCAGCAGCAGCAGCAGUGCAUCUGCAAUCAGCCACAGAGCACAGAGCAGCAGCAGCAGCAGUGGUGGUGGUGGUAUUGGUGGCAGCGCGCAUGCGCAGUGCAUCCAGGGGCUCGGCGGCGUUUCGGUGCUGAAGUGGGGCGGAUGGCAGAAGAAGAAAAAACAGCGGCGAUGGACAUUUUACACCGCAGGAUUCCCAUUUACCAUGUCGUUAAACAAGCGUUGGAACAUCGCGUUGUCACACCCAUCACCCUAGGACACUGACAGCCCGGCGGAAAGGCGAUGCUGUACCUUCACUGCUCCCUGCACUCUCAAGUCCAUAAAUGACCCUUUCACCGAGAUUCAUGGAAGCCUAGGAGGCGACGGCGAGUGAAACAAAAGAGGAGCGAGUGAAAUAAGGAAACAAGGAGAGGAAGCAGUUACGUUUCACCUCCGCUCCCGUGUCCCUUUCCGUGCCAGUCGGUCAGGGAUGGUGAGACCAGUAACCUCUCUUCCCUGUGGUGAAAAGAACCUCCUCUACAGCGAGCCAAACAGCCAAUCCAUUAGCCAAAAAGAACGCCCAGACAGCCCACCAGUCAGUCACUCCGUCAACCAGCCUGCUAUCGUCCAGCAACCUAUUACCUCACACCAUGACUGCUCUGUCUGACCUGUUUUCAGGAAAUCACUAAUUCAUGCCCCGUAGUGUGAGUGGAGUGGAGAUGAGAAAAAGGCAGGCGGCGCACAUCGAGGCCCCACCCCAGGCCCCUGGACAGCCCCGACCCAACACCUGCUGCCUCUGCUGGUGCGGCUGCUGCAAGUGUCUCUGGACCGAGGACAGGAUGGAGAGGAGUGAGAGACAGACCUGCACCAACAUGGACAGUAUUGAAGGUGCAGAAGAACAGCAACCCAAUGUAGGCGAGACGCUGACGUGGUCACGAAGCUUUGAGAUGAUGCUGCGCACGCUGGAGGGCCAGGAGGUCUUCCGAGAGUUCCUGCGCUCGGAGUACAGCGAGGACAACCUGCUUUUCUGGUUGGCUUGUGAAGAGCUGAAAAAGGAGACGGAUCCCAUAGUGGUGGAGUUGAAGUCCAAGAUCAUAUACGAAGACUACGUGUCCAUAUUAUCACCCAAAGAGGUGAGUCUGGACUCGCGGGUCAGAGAAGGAAUAAACAUGACCCUGGCAGAACCCAGCAACCUGAUGUACGAGGAGGCCCAGUUCCAGAUCUACACCCUGAUGCACCGCGACUCCUUCCCCCGUUUCCUCAACUCCUCCGUUUACAGAGACCUCCUGGCCAACAGGAGGCGCACCUGCCUCGACACCUAGACCCCUCCGCCCUCCCUCAUCGCCAUCGUACGCCAACGAGACUACUACUUAAACUUCAAAUACUACUAUGGUGCCAGAAGUCGGGUUUGGAAAAUCUCUCCCUCUUUGUUGAUUGAAAAAAGACUGAAUGACAUCCGAGAUAGCUGGUUGUUUUUUUAUUUAUAUUUUUUAAGCAAUUUAUAUCCAGUUGUCCACUGGAGCCAGGUCGGCCUUUGCUGGUUGGUUAUUGGUCAAUUUAAGACCAUUAAUGCUGGCCAGUGAUUGUUUUGCUAGCAAUUUGUGCUGUUUGUUACGGUUGACUGGCCAACCCCACUUGUCAGCUGUUGGUUGAAAAUGGCCAACCUGAUGGCCAGCUGCUGGUUAACUGUGGACAAGGACUCCUCAGGCGGUGGGGACAGAAAGAGAGAGAGAGACAAAAAAGGACAAGCCAACUGUUCCUGUACUGUAAUAUUUAGACCUCAUGCUUUCUACCCUCACUUUAAUAUCCUCUCUCUCUAACUCAUUAUCGUUUUGUUUUUCUAAUUCUGUCCCAUUCCUCAGAUGUGUUUCAAUUUUGUUUUUAAUUCUUUUAACUGUUCAGACAUGACACCUAGUCGUUGGUGGGAGUUGGGGGCGUCUCUGCUCUGUUUAACCAGAAGAAGCACUGGCUCUGCAUGUGACUCUCUCUCUCUCUACAGUAGCUUGACGAUGUAAGCCGCGGACUGCAACCGUUUUUGAAUAUUGAGAUGUGUUAAGACGGGGGACCUGUCUCUCUGUCUGGAUGUCUACAUUCAGUGAAGGGAAAAAGUACACUUCUGCCAAUUUUAAGCUUACUGCAGUUUUUUAGGAGAUUUGAUGGCUUCUGCGGCCAAAGACAGCACCUAACCAUCCAUUCAUCCAUCCAUCCAUCCAUCCAUCCAUCCACCUGUCCAUGCAUCUGUCCGUCCGUCCGAGAACUUUCCUUCUUUAGGAUUCUUUAACUGGGAGAAGUAAGGGCUAGAAUUGUGGUUGGGCAGCUACAUGUAUUAUUAUUACUCAUGACCUUUAGACAAAAAAUCUCUCCACUAAGAAAAUCACAAUGCCUUUACGUGUAAAAAAAAAAAAAAAAAAAAAAAGGCAGCACAAGCGCUGCUGGAGUUUUUUCUGGAAAGCAACCACAGUUUGUCCGACGAUCCCUACCUCCCAUCUUUUUUCCCUCCCUCCCUCCCUCCCGCGCUCCUCCCUCCAAAUCAGACCAUCACAGCCUGACAAGCACAGUGUGGGGAAAGAAACCGCCGCUGGAGAAAAUAAAAACAAACCCACAUUGACUCCAAAUAGUCAUCUACAUUAUGAAGAAAAAAAGGAGGGUUUACCUUUUUAGAGUUUUACCAUGAAUUUGAGCAUUUUGGAAAAGCUAGUUGUACUUAAGCAGAUGCAGCAGACACUGAUCUAAAUGGAAAGGGUUAUUAAGCCCUGACCUUUGUCUCUAAGGCUUUAGCUUUAGUAUUGUAGAGCAACGUGACAGUCCCUGAAGUCGGACGUCGAAGUAUCGCGCUGCAGAUACCCGGGUGCCAAACAUGAUGUCAAAGACGCUGUGAAGAGAUAUCAGAUGUGACUUGUCGCCAGGCUGUAGAGUCUUUCUGGUGUGUUUCUCCAGCUGAUGGAGCUGGGAGAUGUAGUCCUUCAGUUACAGCUACUGCCCAUUCAAGACUUUUUUUCUUUUUUUUUACCAGAGCUAUUGAAGAAGGUUGGUA